GAAAGUUAUAAUUUCGAUUCUUUUUUGAGAAGAUACAAACAUUCUAUUGUUAUCGACGCUUACUAUAAUAUAAGAAAGCACACUAUUUAAACAUAAGAAAAUGUAUGGAUAUCUUAAAUUACUUGAUCCAGUUGUAAUAUGUCCUUACAAUAAGAAUCAUUUAAUUGUAAGAUCUCGCCUCCAAAAACAUAUUAUGAAAUGUGAAAAACAAUAUCCAAAACAUUACAAAGUUAUGUGUCCAUAUAAUGCAACUCAUCGCUUAUUCAAAAAUGAGUUGGAGGAACACAUUAUUACAUGCCCUACUCGUAGUGUAUUAGAGUCUGAACUUUAUUCAGAACCAAAAAAUCGUGGCUGUACAAAUUUUCCAUUACAUUCAGAAGUAUCAAGCACUGUAGAUUUCACAGAAAAUUGGGAUUUGGAUGCCAAUGAUUGUUCAAGAUUCUUAACAGACAAUGAAUCUGUUUUGAAUAAUAAUACAAAAACACACAUGACAAAUUUAGAUUCAAAUCUAAAGGAUACUCUUGAAAACAAAGAAAUACGAGGUCCUCGUGGCUAUUCGGAAGCUAUGCUAAGGGAAUCAAACGAAGAUUCGUGCAUAGAAGAUGAAGAAUCAGUAAUUAGCUCAAUGGGAAUUGGAAGAGGUAAAGUUAUCAAGGAUAAAAAUAGGUUAAAAGUGAUUGGAUUAGGCAGAGGAAGACCAGCAAAUAUUGAGUAAAUUUCAUUAAACUACUAACUCAGAAUUUAAUGUAUUACGUUUCAUGUCAAAGCAAAUGAAACUUCAUACUUUAUCCAAGGAUA